UCUGUAGGUAAUGUCAUUGUCAAUUGUCAAAAAUCACAAUUCAAAAAGUAUACUUAAUAUAAUUUGAAAUUAAAGGUUUCUUGUGUCUAGAGCGAUAAUAAUAAAGUAAAAGGAAUCUUGUAGAAAUCAGAGAAAAAGUUUGUAAUAAUGAUCACUCAUCAAAUUCUUAAAAUAAAGAUUUUAAAAUUUCCUAAAAAAAUUCGCUUUUAUUCAUGCCUUCCUGAUAUUGAUAUGGACUAUUACUGUGAUUUAAAAAAUCAAGCGAAUAUCAAAAGGAAUAUAGAAAGAAGAAAAGGUAUAGGGGACAUAGAUCGCGUUCAUGAGAUUUAUAAUUUAUUGAAAGUAACACAACCAACCACUGAAAGUUAUUAUUCUUUAAAAGAGACUUUAUAUCAACAACUAGCCAAUUUGCCUAACAAAACUCACCCAACUGUAGAAACGUAUCAAGAGGAUCCUCAUGUUAUACAUGAAAUAAAUGUAAAACGAGAUUUUGGUACACAUAAACCAUUAGAGUUUAGUGUAAUAACGAAUUAUUUAAAUUUAAUAAGAACUGAUAAAUUAGGAUACACUUGCGGCAAUAAGAGUUACUAUUACUUAGGAGAAUUAGCUGAAUUGGAAGAGGCCUUGACAAAAUAUACCAUUACCAAUCUUAUAAAGAGGAAUUUUCAAUUGGUGUCUGUUCCUGAUAUACUUUCUAGUCAUGUGCUGGAAAGUUGUGGUAUGUCUAUCAAUAGUGACAGAACACAGAUUUACUCAUUGGACCCAGUCUAUCAUGGUCCUGACCUCUAUUUAUCAGGGACUGCUGAAAUGUCUUUGGCUGGUCUUUUGUCCAACUCGUUAACACAUAAAAAAGACCUCCCACUGAAGUUGGCAGCUGUUAGUAGAUGCUAUCGUGCUGAAACAUCAAAUGUGGUGGAAGAAAGAGGAAUAUAUAGAGUGCAUCAAUUUACUAAAGUAGAGAUGUUUGCAGUUACAUUUCCAGAACAUUCCGAUGAAAUGCUAGAAUAUAUCAGACAGACCCAAGAAGAAUUAUUUGGACCUCUUGGUCUGUAUAUGAAAGUUUUGGAUAUGCCGCCUCAUGAAUUGGGAGCACCAGCAUAUAGAAAAUAUGACAUUGAGGCUUGGAUGCCAGGACGUAAUAAAUUUGGUGAGAUAUCAAGCUGUAGCAACUGCACUGAUUAUCAGUCAAGAAGACUUAAUAUUAAAUAUAAGGAUGGGAAUUCUGAGAAAUACACACAUACAUUGAAUGGAACUGCUUGUGCUAUACCGAGAAUGUUGAUCGCAUUGCUGGAGACACACCAAGAUGCUAAAGGGAAGAUACAUAUACCAACAGUCUUACAACCGUACAUGGAUGGAAAGAAAUAUAUAAGUAAAAACACAGUUGUGCCGAAGUUAAAAUUAAUUAAACUUAAGAAGUAACAAGUUGUUUUUUGUAAUAUCGUUUAUGAAUUGUUGAAAUAAAGUAAUGAAACUGUUUGUUUUUUAAAA